CAUUUGGGUUUUUUUUUUUUUUUUUUUGUUACCAUAUGAGUUUGUGUAUAGUAAUUUUGUAUCAUAUGAUGUUUAUCAUGUUUUUAGAACUGGUUGCAUGAGGGAUCCUUUUGAGUUAGUUGACAGGAAAUAUAAAUUUGAUUGUGGAAGUCUUGAACGGUCCAUCGAUUAAUGCACCUAAAAUUUGAGAAGAAGUUUGGAAGCAAAUUGCAUUUUCAAAUUAUUAUCAAUCUAAAUUGAGUGCUUAUAACUUUUGCUGUACAAAUUUCAAAAUUAAUGAAAAAGUAGGUUUUAGUGUGCUAAAACACAAGAAUCAUUGCAGCAUACAUGUUCCCUUUCUUUCCUGCUUUAAACUGUGCAGAGGCUGUCAAUUUUAUUUUGCUGAUUGGCUACCUCAUGGUGGGUUUGGAGCAGAGCUAUAUCAACUGUAUGACAAGGCUACUGUGUUGUCUCACGAGGAGCUUUUUUGUGUGGUAGCCAAGGUGUUAAUUAGUAAGUUCACUAUCUAUGUAUUUUAUUUUGUAAAACUAUUAUCAAAGAGGACAAAUUCAUAUUCUCAUUAAUAAAGAAAGCUAUAUGAU